UGACAUGCAAGCUUCUCCUCCGUUGCCAAACCCUCCAAAGUACCAUGUGCCCAUGUGGAAUGUUGAUCUUACGUUGAAACCCUUUCUUGGCGUUGUGUUCUUGGACGUCGAUCGUAAGGAGCGGCACGGAGUCAUAAAACAUGUCACAGAGCAGUCAGUAGAAGUUUACAUUUUGUAUAAUAGGUCGAUCAUUGAGGAAGUUUUCCAAAAGUUGUCUAUCAUGAAUGACAGGAGGUACACAAGUUUGCUAGCUGGAAUUCAAUCACAUGAGUGUUUCCAGAGCAUAUAUACAGAUGAGUUUCCAAUAUCAGAUAUCGUGAGAAUUUUCCAUGUUACAUUCCCUUGUGUUUUUGUUGCCCCCGGUCCUCCAUCUCCUGUCUCACUUGUAAGCGUCGUUGGAUGGAUCUUUUUCGAGAAUGUACAGCAAAAAGAACGUUGUCACAUAGAAUACUUCAAAGGAUUUCGGUUGACACAAUCAAUGCUCAAUUGUUAUUUGGCGAACUUUCAGGAUGAGCUUAACUUCUUCAAGAUCUCCAAUGUUUUUAAUGUCAUACGAGAAGAAUUGAAGAUAUGGUUGGUGAAGCGAGGAUGCACUAAAUGGAAUCCGAGAAAAGCAAAUCGCCUUGCUUUCACCGUACCAAUUCAAGAUUUUACUGCGAUACUGUAUUUGUUGAGACAGAUGCCUGUAGAAACAAGCAAGGUGCUGUGCUCAGGAAUUUCAAACCGCCAUUCUCGUCGAUGUGCCUGGACUCUGGAUGCAAAUCUGUUACAUACUCCAUUGUUCAAAGAAGCCUUGAAUGUUCCCUUGAAAGAUUGUCCUUUUAGCCUGGGGCCUGCUCGAGGAUCCAUCUACCUCGAAGGCCCUAUCCAAAUUUUCAUGCCAAUUCAAAAUCCGCGUUCGGCAUGUGCAACAGCGAUCACCUUCAAGUUCACAAAAAUUGUAAGGUUAUCCUUCACCAAGGCGCUAAUGUGGAAUUUCCCUCCCUCGGAACACUACUAAGCAACAAGGCAGACAAGGCCAAAGUUUUAUUCUUCCAAAUUUCUUAACUCUGCGUUGUGAACUGUUGUGAUGGUAAAAGUAUUCAGACAGAGAAGUAAAAAAUUUAUUCAUCC